UUUCGAUACGGUAACAGACCCGUAUGAUCCGUAUGAUUAGAGGGCGCGGUGGGUGGUGUUUGUAUGGGAAUAGGCUAAUACUGGACUGUACGGUUCGGUAACAGCGUGGUUUACCAGACUUACCGGAUCGGGCAGCAGGCCACAAUAAGCUGACACAGCAAACGGCAGCCUGUGAUUGGCCUGAUCUGCCUGAUCCAGCUCAGCUAAGCGAGGAUCCCGUGACCCGCUGCGUGAUCUGGGCUGCGACGCCGCCCAACAAGAACCGCUGCCGCGUUUUCUUAUAAACCAGCGUCCCGUCCCUCUCUGCGCUGCUUCUGUUCUCUCUCUCCUCUGUUCUUGUUUUGCUCCAUCAUCCAGCUUCCAUUCUACUUCGUGCUUAUAUAUCCACUGCUACCGCUUGCCCUCUCCAUCAACCACUAUAUCUCUAUCUUCCAAACCAAACCAAAACAACCUUAUUCAAAAUGACUGGAGGCAAAUCUGGAGGAAAGGCCAGCGGCGGCAAGACCUCGCAAUCUCGCUCUUCCAAGGCCGGUCUCGCUUUCCCAGUCGGUCGUGUCCACCGUCUGUUGCGCAAAGGAAACUAUGCUCAGCGAGUUGGUGCUGGUGCUCCCGUAUAUCUCGCUGCCGUCCUUGAGUACCUGGCUGCUGAAAUCCUAGAGUUGGCUGGCAAUGCUGCCCGUGACAACAAAAAGACCCGUAUCAUCCCUCGUCACCUCCAGCUCGCCAUCCGCAACGAUGAAGAAUUGAACAAGCUUCUCGGUCACGUCACCAUCGCCCAGGGUGGUGUCCUGCCCAACAUCCACCUGAACCUCCUCCCCAAGAAGUCCGGCAAGGGCGCAAAGAACCCCACCUCCAGCGUUGAACUUUAAGCUGCUUUUUGUUUUUGUUUUCUUAUGCCUCUCGAAUUUUCUGUUUGCUCUUAUUCUUCGGCGCAGUCUGGGUUUUCUGACGUGAUCAUGGGAUUCUGGUUGGGCAAAGUUUCUUUUUUAUGGUUUUUGUUUGCUUUGCUUUUUCUUUAAUGGUGUACAUUACGUCCCGGAUGGCAAAUCGGUGCGGGUGGGCGAUCUUUAAAUCGGUGUAUCGCCCGUGAAAGCAUAUUUCGACGUGUGCUGGUGAUCUUGCGCUUUUUAUAGCUUGAUUCAUCGAAAUUGAAGGCCUAUUAUUCUUUUUAAUUCUUUUUAAUUCUUUUCUUUCAAUUUUUCUCUCUAUAAUGGGGGAAAACCUUACCCUGAUGUUCUAUUGCAAUUACGAUUUGGAAAGUCGCGCUGCUCUGGCCUCCUCAAUUUCCGCUGAGGCGCGUCGAGAAGCCAAUCUAGCCUUUCGUUGAUCUACGAAACUAAUCACGAUAUCUGGAAAAUACCGAGUCGGUUUUUACCAACUUACUAGCAUUGACUAAAGGGGGAUCCGUGAUGCUGUUUCACAUUUUGAAUUGAACAAAGAGAGCCAUUGAUAAGUUGCAACUCUACGAGCGAGAAAGGACAUGCUAUUAAUAAGGAGGAUCUGAUCUGCGCAUGGUUUUUUUUUCUUGGUAUUCGACAGGGCACAUUCUGAAUUGGCACUCAUUGGUAUGUGCCUAUUUCAAACGAAAACAACCAGUAACCGAGAAAUACUUGCGAUUAAAUAAGACAAACCCAAAGGAAAUAUUUAGUUAUAUACAUAAAAAGGGCUUAUUUUUUGAGACGUCUCUUCUUUUUCUUUCUUUCUCUCUAUAAAAUAAUAGAACAUAGCAGAGCUCUCAGCAGCCCUGGGCUGCACACGUACACGCAACACACAUACGAAAUCACCGACCGUUCUGCGCAUUCUCGAAUCUGAUCGCUUCUUGCUCGUCCUCUUUCUGCCUUUGCGCUCUCGCCUGGUUGAUCCUUGCGGUCUCGCGGUUUCUCUGUUCCUCUUCCUCCAUUACCUCGUGUUGUGCUUUGCCCACUAGAUAUCGGAUACUAGUUAGUAUGGCUCAACUCUAUACCAGAUAUGACACGUGUGUAAGGUGGGAGGAGUUAUAGAAUUUUCCAACGUACACUCUAGGAUAGGCGUUUCCAUAUUUCGCUCGUAUUUGCUCCCUGCCCACCAAAUUGUUAGCGAGUCAUUGGAAAAUAAAAAAAAUAGAACCAUGCAAUGCGGUUGAUCCAUUCAUCAAAAGAAAAGAAAAAGAAAAGAAAAGAAAA